UUCCAUACCGUAACCGGAACCAGUCGCCGCGGUAUAUAGAGCCACCACGUUUCGGCGGCCGCCGCAUUGCUGAACUGCAACGGACUCGACUUGCCUGCGGCUGGACUGCUAACAAGCAUUUGCCAAAAAAAAAUAAAUAAAUAAAUUUAAAAAAAUAAAACACAUUUAAGGAAGAAUAAAAAAUUGGAAAAAAAAAAAUCAAAAAUCUUAAAAAUUUUUUGGUUUGUUUAUCGCCCGCAAUCGCACUCGCAUCUCGUAUCUCUCUCUCUCAAUCGGUCGGUUGCCGUUUCCCAAAGUUGAACGGACGAACAAAAAUAUGGAAAGCCCACAGAAGCAGCAACAACAACAACAGCAACAGACACCGGCGGUGGCAAAGUUGAACGGCUUCCUGGAGGCCACCAAGGAAACAACGGGUGCAAUAGACGAACAGCUGCAGGAUGGUCUCAGCUGCCGGGAGCUCUUCCAGAAUGGCGAGGGCUUGACCUACAAUGAUUUUCUCAUAUUACCCGGCUACAUAAAUUUCAUCGCCGAGUCUGUCGAUCUGAGUUCUCCCCUCACGAAGGCCAUAACCCUGAGGGCUCCACUGGUUAGCUCGCCCAUGGACACGGUAACCGAAUCGGAGAUGGCCAUAGCCAUGGCGCUGUGUGGUGGCAUUGGCAUCAUCCAUCACAACUGCACGCCGGAAUACCAGGCGUUGGAGGUGCACAAGGUUAAGAAGUACAAGCACGGCUUCAUGCGUGAUCCUUCGGUGAUGUCGCCCACAAAUACGGUGGGUGAUGUCCUUGAGGCACGACGUAAAAAUGGCUUCACCGGCUAUCCGGUCACUGAGAAUGGCAAACUUGGUGGUAAACUCCUUGGAAUGGUAACAUCACGUGAUAUUGAUUUCCGUGAGAAUCAACCGGAGGUCCUUCUAAGGGAUAUUAUGACCACAGAACUGGUAACUGCCCCCAAUGGGAUUAAUUUGCCAACGGCGAAUGCUAUUCUGGAGAAGAGCAAGAAGGGCAAGCUGCCGAUCAUUAAUCAGGCUGGGGAACUGGUCGCCAUGAUUGCUAGGACGGAUUUGAAGAAGGCACGUUCCUAUCCGAAUGCCUCCAAGGACUCCAAUAAGCAGUUGUUGGUGGGCGCCGCCAUCGGAACGAGGGUGGAGGACAAGGCACGUCUCCAACUCCUGGUGGCCAAUGGUGUGGAUGUCAUUGUACUGGACUCGUCGCAGGGCAAUUCCAUCUACCAGGUGGAGAUGAUCAAGUAUAUUAAGGAGACCUAUCCGGAACUGCAGGUUAUCGGAGGAAAUGUGGUGACUCGGGCCCAGGCCAAGAACCUCAUCGAUGCCGGCGUGGAUGGACUGCGAGUGGGCAUGGGCUCUGGAUCCAUUUGCAUUACCCAGGAGGUGAUGGCCUGUGGCUGUCCCCAGGCCACGGCCGUCUACCAGGUCUCCACCUACGCUCGACAGUUUGGUGUUCCGGUGAUAGCUGAUGGUGGGAUUCAAUCCAUUGGACAUAUUGUGAAGGCUUUGGCUCUGGGAGCCAGUGCUGUGAUGAUGGGCUCCCUGCUGGCUGGCACAUCCGAAGCACCCGGCGAAUACUUCUUCUCCGAUGGCGUGAGAUUGAAGAAGUACCGAGGCAUGGGCUCCCUGGAGGCGAUGGAGCGGGGUGAUGCCAAGGGUGCUGCCAUGUCGCGUUACUACCACAACGAGAUGGACAAGAUGAAGGUGGCCCAGGGUGUCAGUGGUAGUAUUGUGGACAAGGGCAGUGUCCUGCGAUAUCUGCCCUAUCUGGAGUGCGGUCUCCAGCACAGUUGUCAGGACAUCGGUGCCAAUUCAGUGGCCAAGUUGAGGGACAUGAUCUACAAUGGACAGCUGCGAUUCAUGAAGCGCACUCAUUCCGCCCAGCUGGAGGGCAAUGUCCAUGGUCUCUUCAGUUACGAGAAGCGUCUCUUCUAACAUACACCCAUGGCUGGUGGGACAGUUUGUGGUAGUGGUGGUGGUGGUGGUGGUGGUGGUGGUGGUGUCCAGCAUCCUGUCCAGCAGCAACAACAAGGACAUCGUAGACAGCAACAGCAUCGCCACAGAUCAGGACGAGCUAGUACUCAACCCGAUUAUGCCCGACUAUUCGAUCGAAAGUGAAAAGAAAAUCCAGAUCCAAUUGAACCAGUUUUUUUUAGAUUUAAGAAACAUGUUUUUUGAAACAUACAGAUUCCCCCCCACCCCCUUUUAUAUAAUUUCCGAUUCGAAUGUGUAUACCAUUUAAUAUCCAUAAAGAUAUAGAAUCCAUAGGAACUUAAGUGUUUACAGGCGAUCUUGAUCUGUUUAGAAUUGUAUGUAAACUAUAUGAAAUACAUAUAUAUAUAUAUGAUAUAUGAUAUAUAUUGUAUAUCCUUAUCCAUUAUCCAUAUUCUUAUCCGCUAUAUGUAUAUAGAUGUUGAAACUCUCUAUUUGUAUAGUGUUUUUGGAUAUAAAGUUGGAUAUAUUUCAAGUUUUAAGCACCUCUUUAUGCCAAAAUUUAUUAAAUGUCAAAUUGAAAUAUGACAGAAAAUGGAA